AAAAUAAUACCAGCAAGCAACCUUCCAAACGACACGCUUUGAUGGUUAACGCUACCGUAUUGAGCGUUCGAGAAUCUAGAGCAAGAAUGUUGAAACACAGAGUAGAGUAGAUAGAAAAGAUAGGCAGUUUCGACACUGUAAUCGCACCAUGAUUGCCUGCUAUUGCAAUUCUCCCGUUCGACCUUCACCUCUUCAUGAUCACUACUUUCCAUGGAAUUCAAACCCUUACAAUAGACCAAAUUACCCUCUCACUCUCAGUACACACAAGUCUAGACUUACCACCAGAGUUCUCCAGCAAGGAUUUGAAGUUGCAUCCCCUAUAAAUGCUCCUUUCCCGGGCCAACUAAUCGAUAAUAAUGAAGUUGAAGAAGUUCAUGGACCUGUCAAUGGAGUCGCAGGCCCCGCAUCAGAGGAUAAGCCAGCGGUUUCUUCAACAAAAUUUAGGAAGAAGAAACAAGACGGUGAUAGCUUGGAGGAUAGGUUCAAGCUUCGAAAUGGAAGAGAGGUAUAUGAAGAAAAAGGCUACCUGGUAGGUGUUGAGAGAAAAGGCGAUACAUUGGAUUCUUUUGGUAUAGAGGAAUCGCUUAAGGAAUUAGCCCAGCUUGCUGAUACCGCUGGACUUACGGUAGUUGGUUCUACAUACCAGAAACUGACUUCUCCAAAUCCAAGGACAUAUAUUGGAUCCGGUAAGGUUGCGGAAAUUAAAAGUGCUAUACAUGCACUGGAUAUUGAGACUGUAAUAUUUGAUGAUGAGCUUUCUCCAGGGCAAUUGCGCAACUUGGAAAAGAUUUUUGGUGGUGAUGUUAGAGUUUGUGACCGUACUGCUCUUAUCCUGGAUAUCUUUAACCAGCGAGCAGCAACACAUGAAGCAUCUUUGCAGGUUGCAUUGGCUCAAAUGGAGUAUCAGUUGCCUCGAUUAACUAGAAUGUGGACUCACCUUGAGCGUCAAGCAGGAGGAAAGGUGAAGGGUAUGGGUGAGAAACAAAUUGAAGUAGACAAGCGUAUCUUACGCACUCAGAUUGGUGUUCUUAAAAAAGAGCUAGAAUCUGUUAGAAACCAUAGAAAGCAGUACAGGAACAGGCGUACAUCUGUUCCAGUCCCUGUAGUAUCUUUGGUUGGCUACACAAAUGCGGGAAAGAGUACACUUUUAAAUCAAUUGACCGGUGCUAAUGUUCUUGCUGAAGAUCGUUUAUUUGCAACCCUUGAUCCAACCACUAGAAGGGUCCAGAUGAAGAAUGGGAAUGAGUUUCUUCUCACAGAUACUGUUGGUUUCAUCCAGAAGUUGCCAACUACCCUGGUUGCUGCCUUCAGAGCAACAUUAGAGGAGAUAUCGGAGUCAUCACUUUUAGUUCAUGUGGUAGACAUCAGCCAUCCGCUAGCGGAGCAACAGAUAGAUGCAGUGGACAGAGUUCUGUCAGAAUUAGAUGUGGCGUCAAUUUCAAAGUUGAUGGUCUGGAACAAGGUUGAUAGGGUCAGUAAUCCUUCAGAAAUAAAAUUGGAAGCAGAGAAAAGACAAGAUGUUGUUUGCAUAUCUGCUUUGGGCGGUGAUGGCUUACAAGAAUUCUGCAUUGCAGUUCAGGAAAAGCUGAAGGAUUCUAUGGUAUGGGUGGAAGCUUUGGUUCCAUUUGAGAAAGGGGAUCUUCUCAGUACUAUACACCAGGUUGGGAUGGUAGAGAGAACUGAAUAUACAGAGAAUGGAACACUGAUCAAGGCACAUGUUCCUCUUCGUUUUGCAAGACUGCUUACUCCUAUGAGGCAGCUGUGUAAAGCUUAAAUUCCAACUUCUUGUGCAUGUAUUGUUAGCAUCUUGUAUGUAUAAUCUAACAGCAUACAUCCUUUUCUUUUAAUCCAAAUUCGGUGAAAGAGAGAUAGAUAGCUCUCACGGCGGCAGUCUAUGUCUGCUGAAGACUUUUGUACAUAGCAUAGGUGCUCCAAUAUGUAACAAAAUCUGAAAACUUGCCGUUGUAUGAUCUGAUAUAAUUGUAAUUAUCUAUUCUAUGUUGUCAUA